AUGCCUCACUCAUUCGGUUACCGCGCGCGGACGCGCCACAUGUUCAAGAGGGGAUUCAAGGAACAUGGCCCCGUGAAAUUGUCUACCUUCCUCAUCAACUAUCGCGUUGGUGACAUCGUCGACAUCAAAGCCAAUGCGGCUCAACAAAAGGGUAUGCCUCACAAAUACUAUCACGGACGAACCGGUAUCGUCUACAAUGUCACCCCCUCGGCCGUUGGUGUGAUUGUGUACAAGGUCGUCGGCAACCGCUACCUGGAAAAGCGUGUCAACCUACGUGUUGAGCACGUUCGUCAUUCGAAAUGCAGACAGGAGUUUUUGGACCGAGUCAAGAGCAAUCACGAAGCUCACGUCGCCGCCAAAGCCUCUGGAGAACGUAUCAACCUCCGCCGUAUCCCUGCCCUUCCCCGAGAGUCCCGAACGGUAUCCGCCUCAGAAAAUGCCCCUCAGACGAUCGUGCCUGUGCCAUACGAGACUACUAUCUGA